AUGAACGUGGGGGGAUUUGUGAAAAGGAAUCUGGAGGUCGUUGAGUCCAGUCAGAAGUAUGGAGGUGUUGUUGAGAGGGAUGAGGAGCAGAUGGGCAAGAGACGCGUGAGAAACGGGGAAGAACGGAGAAAAACGAACAGCAGUGACGUCACGCGCGGCGCUGUAACGGGAGGAACCCUCGCCUUUGUCACCCUGCUGCUGAUGUCAGUCACGUCGGCAUUAGCGCAGGCAUCACCUGCACCAGCACCGCCUUCCCCUGUAACACCCCUCAAGUCCUUAUCAUCAGCAGCAGCACCCCCCUUCCGUGUAUCGUCACAAGCACCACCACCACCCACCCCUGGAUCUUCAUCAUCAUCAGCAGCAGCAGCAGCAGAAGCGGCAGCAGAAGCAGCAGUAGCAGACUCUUCCUCUGCAGCUCACAUUUCCUCGUCAGCCCCCUUAGGUGCGGGUAGUGGUCCUGCUGAUGCUGCUGCUGGUGAUGCUGUGAGAAGCGAUGUCAUGGCAAGUGGUGCCUCCCUUCCCGCUGCCAACCAAUCAGACACCAUCCCCGACCCGAUAAUCCGCCCGCCCCCGACCGGCCCCUUCUCGCUCUCCCCCCUGCCGCCUCCCAUCCGCGGACCCAUCGUUCCCGCCCCUCCCACUCCGUGCUUCGGGGUCACGGUGGCCUAUGUGAUAGAGAGCAUCAUCAACAUUCCCUCCGUGUGGAAUGGGAGUGUGAAGCCAUAUGGGUUCAAAUCCAAGAUCGAGCUACUCAACACCGGCAAGAGGGACCUGGUGGGGUGGGAGGUGAGGGUGGAGUUCACUCGCAACGAGCUCAUCACGCUGCUGGGGAACGCACAAGUGGAGUUUGAACUGCCGUACCCGGGCUCCGCUCUGCUCUUCUCCAGCAUUGACGACCAGAGCGACCGCCUCAUCACGGCGAUCCACGCGGGCGGCGACGUUCGGCAGUAUGUGGUGUUUGCGGAGGUGUUUGGCACGGAGUUUGGGGCGGCGGCCGCCAGCAAGGCGCUCCCGCGCACGCUCUACCUCACCACACCAGGCUUCCACUGUGCAUCCAACCGCCCUCAGUUCCCAUCUCCCAACAGAAUCCAGGUCUGCUGUAGGGAGACCUCCUACCCGCCUCCCCCACCUCCUCGCCCCCCUCCCCGCCUCCCCCCGAUCGUCCCUGCUUUGACGGUCCAGAUCGACAUCACAGCAGCGAGCGAUAUGGACCAUCAGAUGCUCGUCACAAUCAGCAACCUGCAGGCGGACAGGCGCGUUGGGCCACCAAGGAACGACCCCUGGGCGCUCAGCUGGCGAUGGACGCAGAAUGAGAUUGUCUGGGAAGCAUAUGGGGCACAGGCGACCCAACAAGGCAACUGCCAGCAGCAGUCCGCCUCCUCUGCAGUCUACGGAGCAGCCAUCGCCACCGCCCACUCCUGCUCGCCACGGCCCGUCUUUGUGGAUUUACCAGGAGGGGUGUAUGGCAGUGAGAGUGGGCGGGACCUGGGGGCUUCCCUGGGAGUGCGCCUGUCGUGCUGCAAGAACGGCUCUAUUGGGCUGCGCUCGUUUCCCUACGGCGACCCUGCUCUUGCCCAGUAUCAGGGCAACACCUCCUUGGCUCAGUUCCGUCUGCGGAUCGGCCGCACACGCCAGUUCAAGGCCAUUCCCUCCAUCUCUCCGCCGCGCAACCUCUCACUCAGCCUCCCGGGAAUAGUAUGCUCUGCUGGUGUUCGCAUCGACCCCACCCAGUUCCCAGUAAACCCCUCCCGCAACCUAUCAGUGGUCGCCACGUGGCGCUACCACCUGCUGUGUGUGCUUCUCUGCUGCUUUCAACACCACCGGCUCCCCCAAGGGCAACUGCGGGAGGAGCGUGCUUAA